UGCAAUCUUAUAUUCCCAUAGAAAUGGACGUAGAGGAGACCCAAACCACCUCCAACACCGUAAGGUCCGAAAUCGCUGUUCCCAAAGCGUCGGCUGCACCCGUUGCCGCUCCACGGACCAGGGUUAUGCGACCACCGCCAUCCACCGAAGCAGUCAGGGAGAUGAGGGAAGAGCAGCUGUUGGAGCCACAGGGGCCUCCAUGUUGCAGCCUGUGCCAUCGCCCACACGCCCUGAAACGAUGUACCAUCUUUAAGAGCAUGAAGCCCGCUCAACGAAAACAGGUUGCAAGAGCCCAUGGGCAUUGCAUGACCUGCCUGGCAGAUGACCACGCCACCAUAGAGUGCUGGGCCGACGGCGCCUGUCAAUAUUGCCAGAGGCCCCAUCACACUCUUUUUCAUCGUUUUCCCCGCCGAGCCAAUCCGUCGGAAAGUAGCACCAACACCCGUACCAGACCACGCAUCGAUGCUAUCCGGCGACGUCGAAGCAGCCAAUCAACGACAACACGUACACGGCCAUCUCCGCCACGCCAGGCUCAUUGCCAGCAACAACGACGCUCAACAGGGUUGAGCGCUGUACUUAACACACUGCAACAGCUGCAGCGGCUCCUAGCCGAUUAACUCGCCUAGGGGGGCCGGGAUGUUCACAUGAGCUAUGAGCAUUCUGCAACAUCACAUCACCACACAUCACGUCACGUCACAACACCUCAUCACACACCAGCUCACAGCAUACCCCAAUACACACACACGCAUCAAACACCGAUCAUUACUACAACACAACAACCAUACGAUUAUUAACGAGACGACUCGUAAUGUCAGCUAAUAUUCACCACCCAAACCAUCAAAAGGGAUUGAUCCG